AUGGCAGCCGGUCGCCGCCAGGGCGGGGCGGACGUGCCCCCCGAGGUGGGCACCAUCCACCACGCCCGUGUCGUGUCGGUGCGCCCCUUUGGCGCCUUUGUGGAGCUGCCCGGCUACCGCAAGCAGGCGCUGAUACACCACACCCAGGUGUCGGAUGAGAUCCAGUUUGGGAGGGAGGAGGACGACGAGAUGAAGGUCAAGGCCAUGGAGUUCUUCCUGCCCCGCGGCGAGCAGGGGUGGUUGAAGGUUCUGGAGGUGCGGCAGGAGGGCCCCGGCCCGCAGGGCAUCAAGCUGGCGGCCAGCAUGCGAGCGGUGAGCCAGGAGGAUGGGCGGGACCUGGAUCCAGACAAUGCGCUGGCAAUGGCGGGCCGCGGCGGCCCCGGCGGCGGCGGCGGUCCCCACGGUGGCGGCGGGCGGGACAGCGACGAGCCGCCUGAGCUGUACUCCAUCCACCGGGCAGGCAAGCUAGCGUACUCGGUGCAGCAGGUGCGGCCGUUUGGCGUGUUUGUGAAGCUGGAUGGCUAUCGGAAGUAUGGGCUGGUCCACUUCAGCCAGAUCAGCGACCACCUGAGCUUUUCUCGGGAGGACCCGGAUGAUGUCAAGGUGAAGGAGAUUGGAGACAUCCUGUCGAUUGGGGACCCAGUGUUUGUCAAAGUGGUCGACAUCACAGCAGACGAGCGCGGCCCCAAGAUCGGGUGCAGCAUCAAGCAUGUGAGCCAGAGCGACGGUACCGACCUGGACCCCUCCAAUACCAAGUACCGCCCACGUGGCGAGGGCGGCGGCUUCCAGGGCCAGCAGCCAAUUGGCGCAAAAGCUGGCACGGCGCACGACGGGGCGGUGGAGUGGGGCUACCUCAAGGCCGAUGUGGUGCAGUACGGUGCCGGAGGACAGCAGUACGACAUCCUAGCUGGCGACUCUGGAGACGAGCGGGGCGGCGGCCCGUCGGGCCCCGGGGGCCGCGCCCUGCCGCCGCAGCGCCCGCCACCCCCCGGCAUGGCCUCGGGCGCCAACAUGGCUCCGCUGCCUCCCAGGCCCGUACAACAAAAUUGA